AUGCAGAAGCUGAAGAAAAGGGUAAAAUCGGAAACCCAAAAAAUUGCAUGCAAAUACAGAAAUAUUCACAAUUUAAGAACAAAAUGUGAAGGAGAUCACACCAAUUUAUUACCAAGAUUCUUUCUGCCUAUAAAUACUCUCCCCACCAAAAACCUCUCUGUUUUAACCUUCUCUGUUUAUCUCUAAAACCACAAAAGAAUCAUGAAUUUUCCUACCAUAUAAUAUAAUUAUACUAUAUAGUAUAUGAAAUAUUAACAUCAAUAGUAUCAAUACAAUGGCUUCAGAAUCAAAUUCAUCUUCAUCAUAUGUGAAACUCUUAUUGUUUAUGGUUCCACUCAUAAUAGUUGCUGGGCUUGUUUCUCUAUUGGGUCCUAAUCCAUCUAAUUGGGUUUUUAUUCCAAACACAAGUAGUAAUGAUAAUGAUGUUACAAAAACAACAACGUUGGAGAAGACUCAAGUUGUUGCUGACAAAGACAAAGUGAAAGCUGUUUCUGAUGAUUCUGUUUUCAAUCAAUCUUCUACUCCUCCAUUUUCUGUUCAACCUAUUGAUCAAACACCUCAACAAUUGGACAAAGAAAAAGAAAGUCUCAAUGCUUCUCAAGUUGUUUUCAACACAACUUCUAUGAAUGAUUCUCAUAUUCCUCCGGAGAAACAAAAUCUACCAAGAAAGUUUAGCAUCUUAGACAGAACCGAAGCCGGUCUACUACAAGCUAGAGACGCGAUAAGAAAAGCAAAAUAUGGGAAUCAAACACAAGACAUAGACUAUGUUCCAACAGGACCAAUGUAUCACAAUCCUAAUGUAUUUCAUAGGAGUUACUUAGAAAUGGAGAAACAAUUCAAAGUAUUUGUCUACGAAGAAGGCGAGCCUCCGGUUUUUCACAAUGCACCUUGCAAAAAUAUAUAUUCUAUUGAAGGAACUUUCAUCCAUGCUAUUGAGAUGAAUGAACAAUUCAGAACAAGAGACCCAGAGAAGGCACAUGUAUUUUUCCUUCCUUAUAGUGUAGCGGAGUUGGUUGCUUUUGUCUAUGUUCGCGACUCUCGUGAUGAUACCCCCAUAAAGAAAACCGUUGCAGAUUAUAUCAAUGUGAUUUCCAAAAAAUACCCUUAUUGGAACCGAAGUCUUGGUGCUGAUCAUUUCACGCUUGCUUGCCACGAUUGGGGGCCCCAGACAUCACAAGCAGAUCCAAACUUGUACAAAAAUUCAAUUCAUGCAUUCUGCAAUGCCAACACCUCAGAGGGAUUCAAGCCAGCAAAGGAUGCAUCUAUUCCAGAAAUCAAUCUUCGAACCGGUACAAUGAAGGGUUUGUCUGGUGGGCCUUCGCCAUCAAAGCGAUCACUUUUAGCCUUCUUUGCUGGUGGGGUUCACGGGCCCAUUAGGCCCGUUCUACUCGAACAUUGGGAAAACAAAGAUGAAGAUCUUCAAGUUCAUCAGUACCUUCCAAAGGGUGUGGAUUACUAUAGUAUGUUAAGAAAAAGCAAGUUUUGUCUUUGUCCUAGCGGAUACGAGGUAGCUAGUCCGAGAGUAGUGGAAGCAAUUUACACGGGUUGUGUUCCGGUGCUAAUUUCAGAAUAUUAUGUUCCUCCAUUCAGUGAUGUCUUGAAUUGGAAAUCAUUUUCGGUUGAGGUUUCGGUUAAGGAUAUACCUAAUUUGAAGAACAUAUUGAUGAGUAUUUCUCAAAGACAAUAUAUAAGAAUGCAAAGAAGAGUAGUACAAGUUAGGAGACACUUUGAGGUAAAUUCUCCUCCUAAGAGAUUUGAUGUGUUUCAUAUGAUCCUUCAUUCUAUUUGGCUUAGAAGAUUGAACUUCAGAGUCCAUGAUGAUCAAUAACAAUUGUAAGAUUUUAUUAGUUAAUCACCAUGGUUGGUAAAUUAGUUUUUUUGAUUGGUAAUGUAAGAUGGUGGUGUGAAAUUGUGAAUGUGAUUCUUUUCCUUUCAUGCAUGUAAUGUAUAAAAUUGUUGAAAUGUAAAAGUGAUUUUACUUUCCUGAAUUGGAUUGUCAAAUAGAAAAAUAGUAUUAUGUGUUUUUUGUGAA